CCACCGCUGAGUUUUCGAAUUCGCCAUGACGACUGGUGCCCUACUUCGAGCGUGCCGCGGGGUGGCCUCCUCGGCGGCGCCGCGACUGCGUGCGACCAAGCCAACUGUCAUGGCAACAUCGGUACGCUUCUUUAGCGACGACAAAAAGCCAAUCAACACAGGACGGUGGGUUGUCGGCGACUCGUCCACGCCCGCAGCUGGCCUAGACGCGGACCUACUCAAGUUGGCCGAUCAAGAGAACGCUGACGCAGCAACUCAUGUCUCUCCUUUGUCCGAGACUGAAAUCUUGCACGUUGGCAGCGGCGAAGACGAAGAGACGAUUGUGAUCCCUGGUCUUGAGAACGACUUGGAACCGUUCGAGAUGGACGGAGCCGCUGAUGAUAUCGACGAUGACUACGAAGAUAACGACGAUACGCUCCAGGACAAGGUGUACGAUGACUGGGAUCUUCAAGAAAACGACUUGAUCUUGCCCGAAAUGAUGAACUGGAUGCUACCCAAGGCCCAGCGCGAGCCCCUGCGCGCGCCCAAGGAAAAGCUCUGGACCGAAUUUGUCAAGGCGGACCUGGACCCCGUGGAAUUGGCGUUGAACGUGGACUUGUUGCGCCUGUUCAUUUCGCCGAAUGGCCGCAUGCUUCCACGCCGAUUCACCGGCCUGCGCGCCAAGCAACAACGCCAAUUGGCGACCGCGAUCAAGAAUGCCCGGCAGAUGGCGCUGUUGCCGUACACAAGUCGGUACCCGAUGCCGUCGCCCGAGCAGAUGAAGUUGUUGACGGAGCAAGCGGUGGCGCAGUACGACGACUUUGACUUUGACGCGGCCGACAACGAACGUGGCGAGGACGAAAUCGACGCCAUGUAUGUCGAAGACUAGAGAGACAACCCGAUACCAUACACCAUCAAGCACACUCGCUCCUUUUUAUAUCAUGUUGUAAACGCAUCUAUCCUACGACGGCCAUGACACGGGGCGGCCAUCUCGCCA